UCUCUCCCAAUAUUCCAAAGCAACAUAAACUUCAUCCUAAAAAGAAAAAAAAUCCAAACAUCUCCAACUUUCUUUCUUCUCUUCUUCAUCAUCACCAUUAUUAUUAUCAUGACCGGAAAAAGAACCCAAAAUAGCCCUGUGGGAAGCCCGUUAUCAGGUAACGUGUCCGAUAACUCCUCUAAAGAACUAGACAGGUUCCUCCCCAUAGCUAAUGUUAGUAGAAUAAUGAAAAGAUCACUUCCAGCCAAUGCGAAAAUCUCCAAAGAAGCCAAAGAAACUGUCCAAGAAUGUGUCUCUGAGUUCAUCAGCUUCAUCACGGGCGAAGCAUCGGAUAAAUGCCAAAGAGAAAAGAGGAAGACCAUCAAUGGAGAUGACCUUUUGUGGGCUAUGACAACAUUAGGGUUUGAGAAUUAUGUUGGACCCUUAAAGGGUUAUCUCAAUAAGUAUAGAGAAACUGAAGGGGAAAAAAAUAUCAUGGCUAGAAAUGAAGAAUCUUCUCAUCAUGAACCAACUAGUACUAAUAUUACUACUAGUUAUAAUAAUAUUGGUGAUCAUCAUCAUUUUACAAAUUUCUCACUAGCAAGGCCUGAAUUUAUUCAGAGCUUCAAUAGUGGGAACUUUUCACAGAGUUAUGGAGACAAUUAUGGUGAAAAUUUGACAUCUGCAGCUAAUCUUCAUGGGGUUAAAUGGUAGGCUUUUGGUUUUUGAGAAAUUAUUAUUAAAAGAUUGUGUUCUUGAUUCUUAACAUAUUGCAUACGCCCUUUUUUUUAUGUUAUCUUCCUUUUUCUUAUUUUGUUAAGUUAGCACAUUCUAUUACUUUUGUAGUACGUGUUAAGUAUUACUAUAGUUUAAUUAAUAGGUUUGCUGAUAAUGUAUCUUUCGGAUGUAAUGAAUGAGCUGAUUCAUCAAUUCCAUAUUAUUUAUAAUAUCUAGUCAAAUAGUUGUUGGA